AUGCCGGCGCUAAACUCCUUCAGGCUACGAACGUCACCUUGGAAAACUUCCCUAUCCGAGGAAACAAACACUCGGAAAAUCUUCGAUGGCUGCCCAGUGCUGUGUCUAUCCGUCAUGAGUCAGGAAUAUUUCCCUAGUGAGGGCUCCUCGAAGGCUGGCUCUUCCCGUUUUCCGGGCGAGGAGGAAGAAAUGAGUCCUUUUCAACCCCCGCCAGCAUACAUGACUGUGGGCAAUGGAUCAACUUCGGAAAGCGCUACAGCACUGAUGUCUUCACUGAAUAACGAUUCCGGAUAUGGAGGCAGCAUUGCUGGCGAUAGCACCCAAGAGACCGAUGCGAGUGCAGCUUGGCGCGCAGAGCUGAGGCAAGAUAGACCAACUCCCGCGCAUACUCCGACGCGCCCCGGCGAGUGGAAUCCCGCAAGGCUGACCUCUUCUGCUGCAGCUGAUCACGAGAGACAAGUUGUCGCAAACCACGUGCAUCAGCUUCUUUACAACUCGAACCGAACUAAACUAGGUCGCGCAAUCUCUCGGACAGUCGAAACUUUGAAGGAGCUUCAGGAUAUGAACCGCCAGUGGCCUGCCCACUACCCUUCCGUGCAAAACGCCCAAAACAACCCUCUGUCCCCCUCAGAACGCCCCCAGCUACACCAUGCACAGUCGGAUAUUGGACAGAACGAAAGCAGGUCCUCAACGCCACCUCGUCCUGGGUCGCUUAAACGUGCUGCAACCACAACUGGGGAUGAUCUUGGAGAGUCUAGCGCCACUGCCGAGCGCCGUGCACCACCUGAGCCCAGAUUGAUUACCCCUCAGAUCGCUCAGGAAUUCUCGAUUCUCAAGUUGGAUCUGAAACUGGGUGCUCUGUCGCAGGCGGAGCUGGUACACUCGUUGGAGAAAGGUUCGAUCGCCUCGUUGUUGGAUGGGAAAAUCAACCAGAGCAUUAAGCACCUACUUUCCCUACGAGACCGUAUCGAAGAUACUUCGAGCAAAGUCUUGAUCACAGGAGAUUUGAAUGCCGGCAAAUCAACAUUUUGCAACGCUCUUCUUCGCAAGAAGGUUCUCCCCGAAGACCAGCAACCUUGUACCAGCAUUUUCUGUGAAGUCCUGGACGCUCGAGAGAACAACGGUAUUGAGGAGGUACAUGCUGUGCACAAGAAUGUCCAGUAUAACCGCAACGAUGAAACCACAUACGACGUCUAUUCGAUGAGCGAGCUCGAAAACAUCGUUGUGGAUAACUCCAAGUAUAUGCAGUGCAAAGUCUAUGUCAAGGAUGUUCGAACUAUUGACGAGUCUCUCCUCAACAACGGCGUGGUCGAUAUUGCAUUGAUCGAUGCACCCGGUCUCAAUUCCGAUUCUCUCAAGACAACGGCCGUUUUUGCUCGACAGGAAGAGAUCGAUGUCGUCGUUUUCGUGGUCUCUGCCGCAAACCACUUUACUCUCUCGGCUAAGGAGUUUAUUCUCAACGCCGCGCAUGAGAAGGCUUACAUUUUUAUGGUUGUAAACGGAUUUGAUCAAAUCCGUGAUAAACAACGAUGCGAGCGCAUGAUCCUUGAUCAAGUGGCCAAACUCAGCCCUCGCACAUACAAAGAGUCUGCCGAGUUGGUCCAUUUCGUUUCGAGUAAUGCGAUUCCUGUUGCUCCUCCCGUCGUUGUCUCGCAAUCUGGCUCUGGUGGAGGUGGUGACGGUGGUAGUUCUGACCCUCACGAUGACGGUGAUGACGAUGACAAUGACGACAAGCCCAAUUCUCGUAAGGACAAAGGUAAGGCCAAGGAGAAGGAAAAGAUCCAAGAUUUUGAAAAACUGGAAGGGGCUCUCAGGCGAUUCGUUCUUGAGAAGCGGUCUCGGUCCAAGCUUGCUCCAGCUCGAACUUAUCUGCUUAACCUUCUUGCCGAUCUCAAUUCCCUUGCUACCGUCAACCGUGAUGUUGCUGAGUCGGAGCUCAGGCGGGUGACGGACGAGCUUGCUGAGCUUGAGCCCGCUUAUGAAAACGGCAAAAAGAAGAAGAGCGAACUUUCUGACGGCGUGGACAAAGCUAUUGACGAUUCGUGCGCGGAUGUGUAUAAUCACACUCGAUCCACUCUGUCUAACACCAUUGCGCGGGUCUCUGAAGCUGACCUUGGUGUCGAAUACCCUGGUCUCUUUGCGGUUUUCCAGUAUGCAGAGGACUUGAAACUCGCGAUGCUGGAUCAGAUUUCCGCAGCUGUCGCUGGCUGUGAGGAUUACGCUCGUGACAAGACUGUUAAGGGGGUUGGCUUCAUUCAAAACAUUGGACUUUUGCAUGUUGGGGAGGACAAAUUCUCCCCUCUCAAUUUCCGUGCGGAUCUUAUGUUCCGCCGGGGUCGUCGCCACACCUUUGGCCGACAGGUCGACACUGAAGUCGACUUCUGGGAUUUCUUCGAUAUCGCAGGUCUCUGGGAACGCCAAGAAAAGAUGGCAGGGACGGGCGUUGCCAUGACUGCAGUGACUAUGCUGGGUGGUCGGGCCCUCAGUGGCUUUAGCUGGGUUGACAGUGCAUUCAGUGCGGUCAAGUUCCUCGGUCCGAAAAACUUGCGCCGUCUAGUCCUUCCUGGUCUCUUUGCCGCUGCUAUCUUGACCACAGCCUACGUGCUGUCAUCCAUCCCUACGACUUUGCCUCCACGUUUAUCCCACAAGAUCGCAGCAACUCUUUCUGAUAUGGACUAUGUUCAUUCAAAUGCCAACCGAAUUUCCUCUGAGGUCAGACGUAUUCUCCGCCUGCCCGCAAACAAUUUGCAGGCCAGUCUGGCUCAAGAUAUCGAGGACCUUGCCCGGCGCAAGCAGGAGGUCGGCAAGGUAAAGCAGGAAAGCGAUGUUGCUCUUAAGUACUUCGCAAACCUUUUCCGUGAAAGUGGCGAGAACCGUCGCUCUGUGGAGGAUCUUGACCUUGACGGCCCGCUUCCUGGUGGCAUGGGUGCUUACGAGGCAUGA